UCCAGUCAACAGAAGUGAGCGGCCGCCAAAGCUGACUGACCAUGGCCCUGUCAGCUCUGUGGCAGCGUUGUGUGAGCUGGAGCUCAGCCAUAGCCCAGCUCCUGCAGCCAUUCGUCUCUCCCGGAACCUCCUGCCCCACAGGAUCAGCCAACCUCGGCCAACAGCCUGGCCAGAAGCAGCAGCCCUUGCCAGCUCCCUCUGCCCCAGCAGCAGGGACACGGACUCAGCUGCCUCCACCGGCCCCCUUGGCAAGUAGCCAUGGCAUUGCUCCUCCAUCAGGCAAUGCCCGGCGGGGGGCCCGGCGCCGCAGGAAGCCCCUGGCCCCAGUCCCACCAGUGCGGGACACCCAGCAUGGCCCUACCGGCUCAACCAACCCCUCAGGGACCCCCUUGGGCCGUGGCAGCCCUCCAGACACCAGUGUCCCCAUGGAUUUGGACACCAGCCCAGGUCUUGACAUCAGGCUGGGCACUGAUGUCCCCAUGGAUGACGACAGCCCGUCAGGCCGUGACCUCUCCUUGGCCAGCGACGUCACCAUGGACGAGGACAGCCCGUCAGGCCGUGACCUCUCCUUGGCCAGCGAUGUCACCAUGGACGAGGACAGCCCGUCAGGCCGUGACCUCUCGCUGGCCACUGACGUCCCCAUGGAUGGUGGCUCCCCCUCAGGCAGUGAUCACCUUGUGAGCUGUGACAUCUCACUGAGCAGCGAUGUCCCCAUGGAGGAGGACACCUUCCCGAGGGCUGACAUCUCCCUGCCCAGUCACAGCACUGCCAGCCACCCAGGCCCACUCCACGGCCAAGCCAUCGGGGACCCUGGGGUGACUCCAGCCAGGGACACUGGGCUGCGUCGCAGGGUCCUGCUGAAAGGGACUCGGAGCCACUUGCAUCGCUCCCAGGGAGCCGGGGGCACCAGCCGGGAUGGUCGCAGCAGCGUCCCCAUGCCCACGGACCAUGCUGGCACCAGUGGCACCAGCCCCCAGCCCAAGAACACCUCGCUCUGCCCGCCCAAGAAGAUGCCGCCCACUGACUGCAGUGUCCCCAAGCCUUCCAGAGCCGUCCUGAGCACGGGACACUGCAACGCGGGCGGCACCAAGCCUCAGGACCCUCAGCAGGGUGCGGGCACGGGCCUGCCACCGCCUCAGAGCAGCAUGACACCAAGAAACAUCGCUCUGGAAAGGCGGGGCACAAAGAGGAAGAGGGGCUCGGGGCCAAGCACUGGGAGCAAGUGCAAGGCUCCUGCAGCCAGGGCUGGGGCAGGAAGUCGUUGAGGGACAGAUCGUUUGGGGAUCUGUCCCGGGGGGAGGGACAGAUCGUUUGGGGAUCUGUCCCGGGGGGAGGGACAGAUCGUUUGGGGAUCUGUCCCGGGGGAGGGAUAGAUCGUUUGGGGAUCUAUCUCAAUCUGAGGGAGGGAAGGAGGGUGUUUAUGUAGAUAGAGAUGUAGAUAGAGACGUAGAUGUAGAUGUAGGUGUAGAUAUUGAUGACCCUUUUUUUCUGGUUAUCAAUUAAAAGAUUUUAUUUUUUAUUCCAUAA